AAGUUCAAAGAGUUUAAAUAUUGUUUUAUGUUCUGCAUAUUUUGUUUUACAUCUUGGCCUGAUUCCCAAAUUACGAUGUCGUCUGCAUACAUUUUGCUAUGUAUAUCUGGUCUCAAAGAACAACAUUCAUCAUGUCAAUGUCAAGGCCACCCAGGAAUCAAGACGCCAGCUUUAGACGACUCGUCCAGAACGAAGAAGACCUCGAGGCGGUAGUCUAUCAAGUAUCGGAAGGUCAAUUCCAACCACGGGUCAUCUCAAAGCGCACAGACCUAUCGAAGAGGUCUUAUGCCAAUCUAAGUAAGAUGCAGGUUCAUUUCAACGAACAGUUUGCUCCGGAAAUUGAAGAGCUGCGAGAGGAGCGUCGUGUUUUAGGCUCAAAACUGUUCUUUUCCGGAGUCAUUAAACAGACCUUUGCUGAAGGAUGUUCGUGGAAUGGAAUAGGCUUCAUACUGUUGGUGGUGUUGCCCAUCAUGGUGACCGAAGGAUUUGCAGAGUGGACUUCUGUUGUAAAACAAAUUUGGAAAAAGAUCCGUAGCUUUGUUUGUGGAAAUAAAGGAGAUCGCUAGAUGAACUAAGUAAG